UGUUCGCCUUGAAUUGUAUGUCACAUGUAAAUAGGAAUUUAACUCAAUUUUUAUUACAUUACCCCCCCGGCGAUUGGCGUGUCGUUCCGUUCGUCCUAUAGUCCUAGUUAUUCGAUAUUUCGCAGCGGGCUUAGAGACAUGGCCGAUGAAGGUGAAGGAGGCAAGGAAGGGGAAAAGAAGAUUGUGCAUGUCUAUCCCUUGGUGAAGCAUUCGGAUAUGAAUGAAGAGAUGCGCACUGAGGCCAUUGAACUGAGUAUCACUGCUUGCGAGAAAUACUCGUCCAACUAUGAGCAAGCUGCCAAAAUCAUUAAAGAGACAAUGGAUAAGAAAUUUGGUAUUUAUUGGCAUGUGGUUGUUGGUGAAGGAUUCGGAUUCGAGGUCUCCUAUGAGACGGAAAACAUACUGUAUUUGUUUUUUGCCGGCAAUUUAGCCAUAGUCCUUUGGAAAUGCUCUUAGUCGAGCAAUGAAUAGAGGGGAUGGGAGGAGGAGAAAACGGGUCAACCAACAGUCAACGUAUGUACCUAGAAACCGAACCACAUUGCGAAACCAUACCGUAACUUUUGUAUUAACUGUAGUCCUAUAUGCAUGUAUAUAUGUAUGCAUUAUAUAUAUAUAAAAACAUUUGGUUAACCUAUUAAUGAAACCCCCCAUCCAACCCAGUGCGGGGACAUACACAUUUCCAUGGUAACAAAUUUCGUUGUUGGUAAAAAUUAAAUGAAUUUUAUUACAAAAAGUGGUUUAA